UCCCUUCAGCAGAGUGGUCUGGUGUCCUCUGAUAUAAUGGAGGCACUGAAAUCUGAGAGCGUCAGCCGCAGGAGCUACACCAGCCGCCGAACGCCACCCACACCCCACGCAGGGGCCAGCCAGGACCUGGCCGCCACUAACCACCUGUCGAGAGCCCCAGACUGGAGGAGGAGGGCCGGGGAGUGGAGCCACUGGGGAGGCGUGGGGGAGGGCGGCACACAGCAUGCCCGCAGACCGGCGAGCUGCAUCGAGGGGGCCAGAGCCAUGGACGGCUGGCUGCAGCAGCUGGAGGAGAUGCAGAGGAGACGCAGCUCGGCCGCCGGCGUCGGAGCUGGACUCGGCGGCUACUCCGGCGGCCCCGGCGGCCCUGUGGUGCCUCCUCUAGCGGACCGCACCGUGUCCUUGCCUGUGCUGCCCAACCAACCGUUACCGGGGAGGUACAGUCGCCACAGCGCCUCCCCGUCGUCUCUUUACAGCGAGGACCUACUGCUCAGCCUCACGGACAGCCUGGACGCAACCCCACUGGGCAGCAGCGAGUCCCUCUGGCCCACGGAUGGAGCGGGCAGCAGUGAGACGGUCAGCAUCAGAGAGUCGCCCAGGGCCGAGUUCACCAGCAUGAGCUCACUGACUGCGGUCAAGCACGGCUGGCUGCCCAUCCAGAGGAGGCUGGUGGUGGAGAAAGCCACGGGCCACACCCAUCAACCUCAUACAGCUAACCAGAAUAGCCCAUGCCAGGUGAAGAUGAAGCCUCCAAUAACACCUGUGUUCACUAAAAGUGCAGUCAAACCGAAUGGCUUCGGACACCUGGAUGGAGCAGCAGAGAGGUGUCAUGGCCGACCGGCCACCACUCCUGUCAAGACGUGUGUGUCGCCAGGACCGACUGCCGCCACUUCUUCCACAGGCCUUCCUGUUCAGUGUGCCAGCAGGGAGCAGCGUGCUCCAGUGGAGAGGGACUCCGGCGCUCCCCAGCCCUGGCGCCCUCCCUGGAGAGCCUGGCCCGAGCGCAGAGAGGCCCCCGCGUGGGCCGACUCUUCUGGAAAACCCACGCCGGCCAGGAGCGGCUGCACGCCACCACCGCCACCGCCACCACCACCCCGCUCCGACACGCUACAGCCGGCCCCGCACCAACACCCCGCCAGGGCCACCGCCGCGGGCUUCUCCUCCAUCACCAUCACGUCCAGGAAGGUGUGCCGCUCCGCCAGCCUCCCCGAGCCAGGCGCCUCGUCCGGUCCGGAGCGGCCGAGGUCGGCCAGCCCGGCGGGCGGCAUGAACGGGACCGCCGGUUUUCCCGCCGUGCCCCUCAGGCGCCGGGCGGUGGUGGUGAAGAUGACGGACAGCAGAGUGACCACUUCGUCCACCACCACCGGUCAGGGCGCCGGGGUCCAGCGCGGUCCACUCACAGCCUUCAGCGCCGCGCGCAGUGCACUGGAGGCUUACGGCGCUGAGCCUGUGGUGCUGCGGAGGAAAGCCACCAUCGUGAAAGUGACCGAGGAGAGCGAGAGCUACAGACUCAGUCCCACGUCCGGUGAAGGUCAGACCAGGGCCCGGAGGUCGGAGGUCAGGUACAGUUACACCGAGGGGGUGCGUCCCUCGCGCUACACCCCAGACCCCCCAGGCCUCUCUCGGGGGAGCGCGGCGGGCGAGAGGAACGUCCCUGCACUUCACCGCUCCACCCUCUCCCUCCACCUCACCACCGUCCCCUGCACUGACCCCCCCAGAGCUGAGCUGGAUGCCGGUCGGUCCUCGGGGUCCAGGCGACCGGUCAGUUUCCACGCGGGCAUGUUCUCCCAUUCCCAGCCCGCCCUGGAGUCCUUCUCGGAUCACCUGCUUCGCGGGGAGAGACCGGGGUUUCCCCCAAACACAGACACGACGCCGGCCCACCUCACAUCACACAAGGUGUCCCCCCCCGCGGGGCCUGUGAGUAGGGACACUGGACACCCAGAGGCAAGGGCUCUCCGGCGGGCCCAGGAGCUGACACAGGGAAAGCCUCUGCCUGGGGCCAUGUACGGCAGCCUGCCGCCACCCACGCUCAUCAACAGCAGCGACUCCUCCUCGCUGACCCCUGACACCAUCCUGGCCCACAACGCAGCGGCCAUCAUCGCUAACAUCAAACUGCAGCGACAGCACAGCAAGAAGAAGACGUCUAGCGACAGCCCUGAGGCCGGGCCCCAGAGAGGCCCCUCCAGAGGAGAGGCAGCGGAGGAUGCCGGGAAUCCUGGGAAUCCUCGACGGCACGAGCGUGACAAAGCGAGACAAGACAGCGUGAGAGCGGGACAGCCGAGGCGUCCUUACGCUGAAUUUGUCCCUCUCACUCUCAACGCCACUCAGGAAGCCUCAAGUCUCACAGAGGCCCUGCGGCUCCACAGGCCGAGCUUCAUCGUGCGCUCUGAGGCCCGGGUGCAGGCGCUCCAGAGCAGAGCCCAGCAGAGGAGACGGCAGCAGCAGCAGCAGCAGCAGCAGGGCAGGGUCCACCCCGGCACUCACCUGCCCACUACACCACCACCACCACCACCAGCGCACGCCAACCACCACACCAGGACCAGCCCUCACAGCAAUAACCUUUUCAAAUCCAGAGAUAGAGCUGUUACGGCGAGGGAGACGCAGCCCAGAUCCCGGCGGAGCCACGCGGGCCAGGCGGAGGUGAAGCGCAGGAGGGAGGAGGAGAAGAGGAGGAGCGCCACGCUGACCAACAGGCUGCGGGUGGACAUCUUUAAAAAGAAACUGCUGGAUCAACUCCUCCACAGAGGCACUGACUAAGGAUCCACCGAAGACCAGCGCUCCUUCACUCUUCCUUUCAGACCUCUCCUUGGAAACAUCUGGAAUCCUCGUCACCCACGCCAACAGCUGCACCUCCAGUGCCUCCCUUAUGCUAUACGCACAAUACCCCAUUCCACAGACAGUGUCAUGGAGGGGGGAUACCAGUGGCUUGACAUGAACAGGGGUUGCCGGGAGGAACCAGCCAGUGCCUUGGAGAUGGUUGUGAAGACACAGAUAUGUCCUUAAUGCUGAUAGUAAGAUGUCCUCUAUGGCUCUGUUUGGAGCAGCUUUACCUGGGUGUCUGUUUUAUGGUGCAAAUUAAUGCGCUAGAGACCUUUGAUAAAGUGAAGACAUACAUUCACCACAUCUCAAUGGAAUGAGGAACAUGUUCUUGGACUGGACAUCAAAUAUAAUAUGAUAAUAAUAAUGUAAUAUAAAUUCAAAUGCAGCAUAGCUAAUGCGAUCAAGUCAUGUUCCUUAACGCUGCUGAGCCGCAGUGCGAGUCCUUUGUGUGUAACCCAAUUUAUACGUGUGAUGUCAUUUCCAUAAGGACCGCACAGGAUCUGUGCAUUCUGAACUGAAUACAAAGUGUUAUUAAAUGGACCUCUCUCUGUUGUCCUGCUACGUGGGUGAGAUUCAUAUGUGAUAAAGACCA